UAUGUGCAACGUCCUUGUAGUAUGCCAACGCUGAGCUGUUGAUUAAAAUUAUUUUUAAAUGCUUUUGACGUUUUUUUUUGUCUGUUAACAAUCAGCAUGAGCAUACAGUUAAACUAGAUAGCCAGUAGCCACACAUUUUUGUGAGUCUGGAGGGAGGGGGCUGCAUCGAGCUUGAAAAGAAUGCGUUAGAAGUAGCAGGCUAGUUCGUCGUUAGCCGCAAUCAAAACAAAUCGAGCUGGACUCCCUCAAAUAGCCUCUACGAUGAAGGCAGCGGACGAGCCUGCCUACCUGACUGUGGGGACAGAGGUCAGCGCGAAAUACAGAGGUGCCUUCUGUGAGGCAAAAAUCAAGACUGUUAAACGGACGGUGAAGGUUAAGGUGAUGCUCAAAGGAGACACUACCUCACAAGUUGUUCAAGAUGACCAAGUGAAAGGACAGUUGAGGGUGGGCUCCACAGUGGAGGUGAAGAGUGCAGAGGGGAUCUGCAGUGAGGCAACCAUCAACAAACUUACAGACGCCAGUUGGUACACAGUGGUGUUUGACGAUGGAGAUGAGAAGACACUCCGCAGGACGUCUCUGUGUCUUAAGGGCGAGAGACAUUUUGCUGAGAGCGAGACGUUGGACCAACUGCCCCUGACCAACCCAGAGCACUUUGGCACCCCCGUCAUCGGGAAGAAGGGAAACCGCGGAGGAAGGAGGUCAUCUCAGGCUCAUGCGAACGAUGACAAGGAGUCUUCGUCCAGUGAUGACGACAGUGAGGAUAGGAGGAGGCUAAAUGAUGACCUGCUGGGUAAAGUGGCCAGUAUUCAGACUGGGACAGACCGGACAUCCUGGUACCUGGCCCUGGUGAUAUCACCCAGCUGCAAUGAUGACCUGACAGUCAAGAAAGACCAAUGUUUAGUGAGAUCAUUUGCAGACUCCAAAUUUCGCACUGUGGCAAGAAAGGAGAUCCAUGAAGUGAACAUGGACAGCAUCUCUAAAGCUGAGUUCUCAUCGAGGAACGGGUUGGACGAGGCAGUGCAUUUCCUCAAAACCAAGGUGGUCCCUGACAGUUGGAAGAUGGACAUGAGCGAGAUCUUAGAAUCCUCCAGCAGUGACGAGGAGGAGGACAAGGAAGGAAAAGAUAGUGAAGAAGAGGAGGAGGAGGAGGAGGAGAAAGAGGAUGACGAGCAGCCUGAGGAUGAGGCGGACCCAGAGGAGAGGGAUCACUUCCUGCAGCAGUUGUAUAAGUUCAUGGAGGAUCGAGGGACACCAAUUAACAAGCCUCCUGUGCUCGGCUACAAGGAUCUGAACCUCUUCAAGCUCUUCAGGCUAGUCUACCAGCAGGGGGGCUGUGACAAAAUUGAAAGUGGAUCUGUGUGGAAACAAAUCUACAUGGACCUGGGCAUUCCCAUCCUAAACUCUGCUGCCUCCUACAAUGUGAAGACUGCCUACAGAAAGUACCUGUAUGGCUUUGAGGAGUACUGCCGCUCAGCCUGCAUUGUGUUCAGGACCAUCCACCACAACGAGGCUCGUCCAGUGCCCCAGCCCUCCCAGUCAGAGCAGAAGGCUGCCCAGGUCCCUGAGGUGAAGGUGAAGGACAAAGAUAAGGUUGGCAAGGGCCCAACACCACCCGUCCAGAAUGAGUCUGCUGCAGCCACAGAGGACAAGCCUUCCCAGGAGGAGGCUGAGUCGGGGAGUGAGAGCGACAAAGAGAGCCACAAAGAUAUCGCCUCUCCCAGGGGGAGGAGACGGUGCACUGUGACCCCGGUCAAAGCUGAGGUGAAGGAGCCUGUCAAGCUGGAGAAGAUCAAAGAGCAGGAGCCAAGUGGUCUGGGUGUGGGCGAGACCAGCGGAGAGGAGACGGGUGGUCAAAAAGAGAGCAGCAGGUCAGACGGAGGGGACACCCAGGGGAAUGGAUGCAGCCGACUUUUGGAGGAGUCCGAUAAAGAGUCUGAGGACGAAGGGGAGGAUGAGGACGGCGAGAGGAGAGUUGGAGAAGGGGCUGAGGAUGAGGACUCAGAAGACUCUGUGACCGGGACUAAGGUGAAGGUAAAGUACGGCCGAGGGAAGACCCAGAAGAUAUACGAGGCCAAUAUCAAGAAAACUGAGAACGAUGAUGCCGGAGAUGUCCUCUACCUUGUACACUACUAUGGCUGGAACGUCAGGUAUGAUGAGUGGGUCAAAGCAGAUCGGAUCAUCUGGCCUGUCGACAAGGGCGGAACAAAAAAUAAACAGAAAAAGAAAGUCAUGAACAAAGAGGAUGGAGAGAAGGACAAGCAGGGGAAGCUGGGUGGGUUGAGAGGUCGCCCUCUUCUCAGAACCACUCCCCCCAGUGCCAACCGCAGCGUCUCCAAGACCCCCAGCCGUGAGGGGCGCUCCAGCAGCAAGAGCAAAUCUGACACAUCACCCCUGCCCAAUGGAGAGGGUACCCCUCGCCGACGCACAAGAAGAACCUCUGGGAUGUAUGACUCGGACAGGGAUGCCAACUCCAAUGAUGAGUCUGGGAAUUCGUCCGAGGACAGUGAGUCAGAGGAAUCGCCGGAGAAGAAGCCUGCAUGGGCGGAGAGAACGGACCCCGCCACGGCCCGUAAACAGGAAGAGGAGGAGGACCUGAGGGUGGAGAGAGGAAGAGCAGAGGCAGUGGCCGCCGCAGCAGCCCAGGCAGCAGCAGCAGCACAGCUCCAGCCCCCUAGCAGCCCUAAGGAGAAGGAGCAGCAGCAGGAGGACAAACUCCCUGAGAGGGAGCCUGAGAAAGAGGAGGCUGAGGAGCAGCCCCAGACGCCUCCCAUGACCCCUGAACCCGACAGACCCAAAGAGGAAGACCCCCCUAACCUGAAAUCCCCCAGACCUAAAGCAUCACGUAGAAGUAACGUUAGAGAGCCCGAGAGGAACACCAACAUCACUGGCUCUGAGAUACCCACCACUCCCAACCACACUGAGACGGAGUCGUUCCCCAGCCCAUGCCCCCUAAAGAGGCAGGAUGAGCCCAUGGUGGUGCUUCACUGUCUCCCUGCUGAGCACCUCCCCAGCAUGCCUGACCUCCCCAUCAUGGACUCCGACACAGACUCCGCCCCGGAGGAGGAGAUCUGCAGGGAGGAGCGAGGCGUGGCCAAGCGUAAAGCCACCGACCACAGGACGCCGGACAAGAAGGUGCGUCUAGACUGGAGGGAGAAUACUGCCAGAGUGGCAUCGCCGGGCGCGAGGCCCCAUGACUCGCCGGGCGCGAGGCCCCAUGACUCGCCGGGCGCGAGGCCCCAUGACUCGCCGGGCGCGAGGCCCCAUGACUCGCCGGGCGCGAGGCCCCAUGACUCGCCGGGCGCGAGGCCCCAUGACUCGCCGGGCGCGAGGCCCCAUGACUCGCCGGGCGCGAGGCCCCAUGACUCGCCGGGCGCGAGGCCCCAUGACUCGCCGGGCGCGAGGCCCCAUGACUCGCCGGGCGCGAGGCCCCAUGACUCGCCGGGCGCGAGGCCCCAUGACUCGCCGGGCGCGAGGCCCCAUGACUCGCCGGGCGCGAGGCCCCAUGACUCGCCGGGCGCGAGGCCCACGACUCCAGAGCGGAGGCUGGAGUCGGGGGGACUGAAAGAAGAUGAGUGUCUGAAGCCAGCGAAGGGUGAAACAGAACCGGAGGUUAAAACAGAGAUGCCUGCCCUCACUCCGGAGGUGCGGUGUCGAGGUCCAGGAGAGGGAGGUGUUGCAGGAGGUCAGCCCAGGUCAGAGCAGCCAGACUAUGGGGCAGAGGAGGAGCUGAUGCCCCAGAUAGGGCCUGAGGCUCUGGUCUGCCACGAGGUGGAUUUGGACGACCUGGAUGAGAAGGACAAGACCUCAGCAGAAGACCUCCUAAUGAUGAUGAGCCAAGGGAAGGUCCAUGCUCCCCCUCCAUCCAAUGCCUCCUCCCACCACCCCCAGACCCACAACAACCCUCCUCCAUCCUCUGGUGGAGCUGCUCCUUCACAAGUCUUUUCCCCCACCUCGGCUCCUAGCCCUGAUGAGUCUAUAAGCACCAAGAGUGAGAGCGACGUCACCAUCGAGGUUGACAGUGUAGCUGGGGAGUCUCAGGAGGGGCUCGGUGAUAAUGAGUCGGCCAACUCCAACUGCUUUGAAGCCAACACCAGCUCUAGCAACUCCAGCAUGUCACUACAGGAGAGAGACACCAAGGACAGAGGUCAGAAAAGGUUGAUGGACUGCAAUAUGAGUUGUUCUGCAAAGAAGCAGAAGCGCAACCAGAAACGGCCAAGCACUACGUCCAAAAUGGAGAAGAAUGGAGCAGAGUACAGCAGUGACAGUGAGGACCUGGCUGUUAUGGACCCCUCCUGUAAGAUGACUCCAGUGAAACACUCGAUGUCUAAAGGAAGCCUGAAGUUGGUCUCUCCUAACAGUAAGGAGUUAGAGAAGGACAAGCACAAACACAAGCAGUCCUCCUUCCCCUCCCCUCGCACAUACAAGUGGACCUUCCAGCUCAAUGAACUGGACAGCAUGACAAGUGCUGAGAGGAUUUCCUUCUUACAAGACAAACUACAGGAUAUAAGGAAGUAUUACAUGUCACUCAAGUCUGAAGUGGCCUCCAUAGACAGGAGGCGGAAGAGGUUAAAGAAGAAAGAAAGAGAAGUGUCCCACACCACAGCUUCAACAUCGUCUGGCUCGUCAGACACUGGGAUGAGCCCCUCCUCCGCCUCACCGACUCAGAACACUGUGGCUGUCGAGUGCAGGUGAUGACACGCCUUCUCCCCCACGGUUCCCAUGACGACUACCCUUUCCCACCAUACCGCUGUCUCCCUGGAGACACGGUUGUGUCCGAAAUGGCACCCUAUUCCCUUUAAAGUGCAAAUCUUUUGACCAGAAGCCAGUGUUAAAUGACCAGAGGCCCUGGUCAAAAGUAGUCCACUAUAUAGGGCAUAGAGGUGCCAUUUCAGACAUACCCACGUACUGACACACCAGAGCCAGCGGCCAAAAGCACUCGACUGCCCCCCUCUGUCUCCUUUCAUCCCCCCAUCCCUCCUACCGCAUCCCAUCCACCACUUGGCCACUCCCACUUCUUGCACUUCCCUGCCUUGUAGAUAUUGUGGUCCACCUACUAUAGUGUUGUCAGGAAAUGGAUUCUACGUGAGUUGAAUGUAAAGGAAACCACAAACCCCAGAUACUCCUAGCCAAACCCCUUCACUCUCCAUCCUUGAACAGUCCAUGGCACUUUUCUUCUUCUUACUCUGUCAGAAACAGAUAUAACCUCCUCUGGUUCCUCAAACAGGAGCAAUCUAGAUUCAGUAAUGAAUCAAUGAUGUCUAUCAGCAGAACCAGACAUACACAAUGUAUGUAAUCUACAAUGUAAAGGGUCCCUACCCAUGUUAAUAAUGGUCACUUAACCACCAUGUUAAUAAUGGUCACUUAACCACCUUGGACAUUGUUUGCAAAAAGGUCAAUUAUGUUCGCUUGCUCCAUCAGAACUGCCAAAGUACACGUGUUACAGCAGAUUGUCCUAUUUUGGAAAAGUGGGACAAAUUCAAUUGCAAAAGGGAAUGUAGUUUACUGAAAACUGCAGCCGUUGUCUUCCAUUUAUUGCAGUGUGUCAUCACAGAUUAAUUAUGAAAACUAUUUUUGGGUCUCUUUUUAAGAAAAGUAAUUAAAAAAAAUAUUAGAAAAAGGUUUAUUACAGUGGAACACAGGAGAAUGUUUUCAGUGGACUAAUUUCCUUUGCGAGUGUAUUGUCUUUUUAUAUGUAAUUGCAGAGUUUUUAUUUUAGUAUGGAAAAUUUCAAAAAGUAUAUAUCACAACAGUGAAGUUAUUUAAUGAAAGAUUUCUAGCCCUGAAAUUUUGUGUAAAAAAAGGUUUCUUGCAUUGUUAAAUAUAUUUAUUCUGUCAGUGGACACAUUUUAGUAUUUUUUACAAUAUAUAGACACGAACCUUCCACAGUUUGGACAAUGGGAAAUUCUGAUAUUGAAAGAAUGUUGUGUGCUCAUCUAAAAGCAGACUUUGACUGUGAUGUUUCAAUUGGGUAGCUACUGUGCAGUACAUGUUUCCCCUAUUUUCAACAGGGCCCUCAACUUUCUCAACAUGUUUUUUUUUCCCUAGAUGGUUUUUGGGGAACACCAUAAUUUGGUGGCUUUCACUUUGUUUCUUGGUACUUGUAUUUGUUAUAAUUUAAAACAACUAUUCUUAUUUUGACAUGAGUUCUGACCAAUAAAUAAAAGUUGCUUAAGGAAUAUGUAUGUGAAGCCCAGAGGUUUCUUAUGAUUGUUUUUGUAUAUAGAUCUUCCAAAACCAUGAAUUUGAAAAAUACAUUUGACAAACUGUAAAGAAUGACAUUAUUUUUUUAUACCUCAUCUUUGUACUGGUAUAUUAAAACCUUUUUUAUGUCAAGUUGGUAGAAACAUUUACGCACACAGACUGACUAUAUACUGACCCAGUGGGUUUCAGCAUUAGUCUGAAACUAACCCUACAGAAGAGUCAUGGAAGCAUUCAGAACAUUGACAUUUUUUAUGCCUUAUAGACUUGUGAAAAACACACAGUACUUCCUUAAAAGCUAAGUUUAUCUACAGAUUCCUGGAUGAAGGAAAGAAGGUAUAAAGAUUACCUGAGCAAAGUCUUUGUAUCUUAAUGUAAAAUAAGCAGAGCUCUUCAUUUCUAAUAAAGUUUUUAAAUAUU